AUGCGCGCGCUCCACGGUUACAGUUGCCCACGCGCCAGUGUCGCAUGCGCCCAGCUUAUUUGGGUGACCGCCUUCGUCAUUGAUCAGAUUUUAGUGAAGCAGGAUUACAUUCACUCUGCUUUCGGGUAUCCUUACCAAACAGAUGUCAUAACUUCUUCUAUCGCAAAGUAUGGAGAUAAAAUUUACUGCCGCUAUUUUGAUAUGUCGAUGCAGGAAAUCGGAAACCCAUUCAAAAGUGUCGUGUUUCCUGAGUACACGGUAAUGUGCCUGCGAAGAGAUGGGGCAAAAUUCAUGUCACUGUCGGAGAGUGCAAGUGGAUACUAUGAUUAUCCAGUGCCAAUCGUUGAUCGCACUCAAUACGUGCCCAUACAUUUCUUCUCAGUUUGCUUAGCUCCCAUUCAUGGAACAGCAACAAAAUGGCUCCAGCUUGUCGAGUUCAUUGAGCAUUACAAAAUCCAGGGUGCAACGCAUUUUUAUAUAUACAUUAGUCACAUCGAUGAAUAUAGCCGAAUGUUAAUAGAUGAUUAUGUUCGCACUGGUGAUGCAGAAGUCAUAAUUCUUCGUAAUCGUUUCAAGGGAAUGGACGAAGUUUGGCAUUCCGUGCAGAUCCAGGAAUGUUUGAAUCGUGCAAGAGGGCAUUCUCGAUGGGUGGCAUUUGUUGACCUGGACGAGCGAAUAACACCAACUAACUACUCUAAAACACUUCGAAGCUACUUAAAGGAAUUGAAUGAUGACAAAAUAGGAGGUAUUCAGUUUCGACAACGUUUGGUUUUGCAAAAUGCAGCACUCCCUAGGAGGUACACGGAAGCGAACCAGAUAGCCAGCUGGAUGCCAACGCGACGGUUUCAUAACACAUCUCGUGUCGGCCGACAGUGGAAAUGCAUAGUUGAUCCUAAAAAGGUUCUGUUUAUGCGUAAACAUAAGCCGGACGCAUUCUUGAAAGGAUACUGGCUACAUCAGAUGAAACCUGAAGAGGGGAUAGUGAGAUGA